AUCCAAGAAUCCAAGGGAACGAUUCCCUGUUGAUCCGCUUGACACCGCGGGGGACAGCCGUCUCACGUCAAGAUAAUUCCCGUAAAUUAAAAUUUACAAACAAAAACCUUGCCCCAACCAAAAAGGUUGUGUUCACAAAAUUUUUGCUAAGUAAAUUUAGUUGAAUAAAAAUGCCACGUGGUAAAUUUGUCAAUCACAAGGGACGUAAUCGUCAUUUUACGAACCCUGAGGAGCUCGAGGAACAGAGGAGAGCGGACGAGGAGAAGAGAAGGUGGAGGCAACAAAAGGGCGGCGACUCCUCCAGUGAGGAAGAGGAACAGCCGAAGAAGGCCGGCAAGGCGAAACAGGCGUCGGAAUCUGAGAGUGAGAGCGAGUCGGAGUCUUCAGAGUCUGAGAAUGAGGGAAAGGCGAAGGGAGUUGAAGCUUUAAUUGAGGUGGAGAAUCCCAACAGAGUCCAGAAAAAAGCAAAGAAACUUUCAACGUUGAAUAAUGAUUUAGCGCAACAAUCGUCGAAGCCUGAGUUAUCUCGACGAGAAAGAGAACAAUUAGAAAAACAGCGUGCCUACGCGAAUUAUCAGAAGCUCCAUGCCGCUGGUAAGACCGAUGAGGCACGUGCAGACCUAGCACGAUUAGCCAUAAUUAAGCAACAGAGAGAAGAAGCUGCUAAACGAAGGGAGGACGAGAAGAAGCAGAAGGAACAGGCUGCCCAGAAGAAGACGGAAGCGACGCAAAAAGCCCUGGGCAAACGAACCUGAAGAAUAAUUUUGUAAUUCCAUUUAUUUUUGAUUUAAAAAAAAAAACAACGGAUUAACCCAUCUUGUAUACCACUGAUGUUAUGCUAAUGCCUUGUCAUAAGGUUCAAUCUUACAAUUCUUUCUUAUGUAUCAAUAAAAUCUACAGAAGAAUCUAUUACAUAUGACAAAAUGAA